UAAAGAUUUCACAGUGAAUUAUUUAGCUUAUUUUAUUUCAUAUAUUAAAAUCGUUUAAAAAUAUUUCUGAUGAGAUGGAUAAUGAAUUGCUCUGUAAUUUUAAGAAAUGUCGUAAAGCUUUGUCUUCACAAGCAUGGGUUACUUCCUGUUCUCAUAUUUUUUGCCAUGAUGAUGGAUUAAGAGAAUUUGAGAAAGCUUUCAUCUGUCCUGCAUGUGAUACCACAUUAUCUGGUAAAUAUGAUAUAGUAAAAGUUGACCUCAACCCAACAGAACAAUAUAAAUCUAUGGUUUUAGCAGGACAAAGACCAGAAAUUAUUUUUGAAAUAUGCUCUCGGGCGAUAUCAUUUUGGACAUACCAGGUCCAUCAAGAAAUAAUGUUUCAAGAAUAUGUAUCAACUAAGAUAAAAGAAAGAUCACAGCAACUGGAAAAAUAUUAUGAAAAUAUUUUCCAGAAAACCAGAAAUGAGCUAGAUAAUAUCAAACAACAAUUGGAGAGUACUCGGCAUGAAUUGGAAAUAUCAAAAAAGAAAUCAGCAGAAUUAGCAGAAAAACUCAAAGAACGAAUACGACAGCAUGAAAAACUGCAGUAUCUGUACGAAGCUUUGAGAAGGAAAUUCAUAUCACCAUCUUUUUUUGAAAAACAAAACAAAGAGGAAAAAUUAUCAAAGAGGACUCAAGAUCCUUUCCUAAUGUCAACUGCAGCUGAAAUAAUAGGUCAAGAAGAAAAGAAAUCUCACAAGAGUAGAUCUAACAGGAGUUUUAGUUCACAUGUUGAAAAAGAAUUUGUUCUACGACCGGCACCAACUCCUAAGGAAGAUGCCAAUGACCAACCACUAUGGAAUUUCUCAGCACGAGAAUAUUAUAAACAGUGUGCAUUAAAUACCAUGAAAAAGGAUAAUAGGUACAUAAAUAUAGCACCUUGCAUUAGUUGA